AUGUCACCCAUCCUUCGUAAUAUCGUAGCUCUCCUACCUUUCUCUUUCACCCUUAACAUCAAUGAUCAGUCUCGAUCACCAGAGGCUGACAUGAAUGUUGAUGCAGCCUUUGCGCGAUAUCAUCUCGCUAAAUACUACUAUGGUAAAGACUUCUUCGAUGGGUUUGACUGGAAGACUUUCGAUGACCCAACCCAUGGCCGAGUCAACUAUAUCUCCGAAGACGAAGCCAGACGAAGAAACCUUUCUUACGUCUCCGACCAUUAUACUUUCGUCAUGAAAACCGAUGCGCAUCGUCGAGUUGCACCCGGAGGACGAGGACGAGACUCUGUUCGGAUCGAAUCGAAAGAUACUUUUGAUAAUGGUAUCUACAUCUUGGACGUACUCCAUAUGCCGACCGGCUGCGGUACAUGGCCGGCCUUCUGGACUUCUACCAUCGGUCACUGGCCUGAAGGUGGCGAAAUCGACAUCAUCGAAGGUGUGAACGGUAAAGGUACCAAUCAAGGUACACUUCACACCACUCCUGGCUGUACCAUGCCACAAAACAUGGAUGCUACUGGUCAACUCCUCAAAACAGACUGUGCUGUCCAUGGCAACGACAACCAAGGAUGUGGUGUCAAGGACAAACGAUCGGAUUCCUUCGGUCCUGCUUUCAACAAGGAUCAGGGCGGUUGGAGAGUCCAACCUUGA